AUGUCGUCGUCGAGGAGCUGGAGGAACAAUGCGGACACGCACAAGAUGAGCCCGGAGGAGGUGAAGAAGUACGGGCUGGAGGGGUCGAAACGGCCACCGGGGCAGAACCCGGGGGGUGUGUUGCACCAGCGGCGCCACUUGCCGUACAGCCCCGCCGCCAUGGCCGUCGCCGGCUUGCUCAUCGUGGGCACCAUCGGCUACCUCACCCUCUACACAAAGGCCAAGCCAGGGACCACGCCCAGCGAGGUCGCCAAGGUCGCCGCCGGCGUCUCCGACGACGACGUACCUCGCCAGCCUAACAAGUAG